AUGGACGAACCAGAGCAUCCUCAGAAGGAUGUUGGGGCAGUUCCUGAGGAAGAGGUCGAAAUGGCUUCCGCGGAGGAUGCUGAAGCAACCGUCGGAGGGAACGCUGAAGUGGUUGCUGAUGAGAUGACGGUAGCAGCAUCUGGAGAAGAUAUUGAAACAGCUCCCAAGAAUGAUGUUGGCGCGUCUCCUGGAGGGGGUAUUGAUGCAGCUGUUGAGGGAGACGUUGAAACGACAUCAGAAAGGGAAGUCGGCGCGGCUUCCAGAGAGGAUGCAGUAGUGGCUUGUGAUGAAGGUGUUGAAGAAGAUUCUAAUGAUAUCUCCAGUGAAGGCACCGCUGAUACCUCUAAUGACUAA